UUCAACACGGACUAAACAGUGUACGACGCACAUCUGUAUCUGUCGACAGUAUCCACAUCUCUUUGCAUUUACUUUUGGGGCCAAAAUCAUGUCCACUCUUAGUACACCUCACUUGUUCAUCCUGGGCCCCAAAUAAACCUCCAAUGUUUGUCCCUACUCUUCUCUGCUUAAAAAUCAAUUCCCAUCAACCUAUUCCUACUCUCUAGGACCAACACCUUACAACAGGCCUGAUCUCAUUCCUUCUCACCUAUAAAACCUCUUGCGCAACUGAAAAUUUAUCAGCUCAUCACACGCAGCACACUAGAUCACUCACUGGACACAUUUGACCACGAUCACCAAGUCAUCUCCAGAUGGCGAGGCCUUGUGAUCUUCAGGCACAGCAGGCAGCUGCUCUUCUCCUGGCAUGCACGCUUGCUCUGCUCGCGCUGCAGCUGCGGCCGUGCAGAGCCCAGCAGCAGCAGCCUCCGUCGCCGGGCUACUACCCCAGUGGCAUGUUCAGGCCGCUGGGCUUCUCCGAGGCGUACCGCACGCUGUGGGGCUCGCAGCACCAGACGGUGUCGCCGGAUGGCAAGUCCCUGACGCUCUGGAUGGACAGCAGCUCAGGCAGCGGGUUCAAGUCGGCGCGCGCGUACCGGGACGGCUACUUCGGCGCGUCGGUCAGGGUGCAGCCGGGGUAUACCGCCGGCGUCAACACCGCCUUCUACCUGUCGAACAGCGAGGAGUACCCGGGGCACCACGACGAGAUCGACAUGGAGCUGCUGGGGACGGUGCCGGGGGAGCCGUACACGCUGCAGACCAACGUGUACGUGCGCGGCAGCGGCGACGGCACCAUCGUCGGCCGGGAGAUGAGGUUCCACCUCUGGUUCGACCCCACCGCCGACUUCCACCACUACGCCAUCAUCUGGAACCCCGACCAGAUCCUGUUCCUGGUGGACGACGUGCCCAUCAGGCGGUACGAGAGGAAGACGGAGGCCACGUUCCCUGACCGGGAGAUGUGGGCGUACGGCUCCAUCUGGGACGCCUCCGACUGGGCCACCGACGGCGGACGGUACCGCGCCGACUACAGGUACCAGCCGUUCGUGUCGCGGUUCGCCGGCCUCAAGAUCGGCGGGUGCGCCGCGGACGCGUCCGCGGACUGCCAACCUGUGCCGGCGUCGGGGACGACGGCGGCGCUCAGCGCGCAGCAGGAGGCCGCCAUGCGGUGGGCGCAGCGGAACUCCAUGGUGUAUUACUACUGCCUCGACGCCUCCAGGGACCACGCCCUCUACCCCGAGUGCUGAAACGCUGCAACACUGCUAUAUACCUACAGUGACGACCCGUGCGUGAGGCCAGCGUUAUGCGAUUGCGAGCAACUCGCAACCCAAACGCCACAUUUGAAUAUUAUUACUUAAUUGGAAGAAGAAAAACGAUCCAAUCUGGUAGAAUUAUCAUUGUCAGGUUCAUGUUAUGAAAAAUGGAAUUAUAAUUCUGUC